AUGGAUUCAGACGACUAUAUGAAUCCAUAUCGUCCCUCCUCUGGCUUUUUCAAUCUGUUACAAAGUCAACUAGAUACCAAAAACCUCGAAUACACUCCUUCUGAGAGUCCAUGUUCUGAAGCUCCAUCUGAACCUUCAUCCCCUCAAGAAAACCGCAAGUCAAGGCAUGCAUGGUUACCAACAGAUGAUAUCAUGCUUGUCUCUACUUGGCUCAACACGAGCAAGGAUCCGGUUACUUCGAAUGAGCAAAGACGUGGUGCCUUUUGGGGAAGGAUUGCGGAUUACUUUGCAUUCUGUCUGAAUGCUGCAGGUCGGCCAAAGAGGGAGGCGAGUCAUUGUAAGCAGAGGUGGGGGAGUAUAAACGACUUGGUGUGCAAGUUCAUUGGUUGUUACGAGACUGCGACAAGAGAAAAGUCUAGUGGACAGAAUGAAGAUGAUGUGAUGAAGUUAGCACACCAAAUAUACCUCAAUGAUCAUGGACAAAGGUUUACCUUGGAGCAUGCUUGGCGAGACUUAAGAUACGAUCAAAAAUGGUGUGCAUCCACAUCUACUAAAGGGAAUGGAGUGAAGAGGGGAAGGGUGUGUGUUGAUGGGUCUGAACAGGAUGCACACCCGGUGAUUGAUGUCGAUGAACCAAUGCCCCAUCCUCCUGGUGUUAAAGCUGCAAAGGGGAAGUCCAAAAAAAGCUCUAACACUAAACCGGCUGUAGAGGAAGAUGGAAAAGCUUUCUUUGAGUUUCAGUUGGAGCGUGUUGAGAGGAUGUAUGAGAUGAAGCAGAAGGAUUUCGCUUUGAAAGAGAAGGAGUUCGCUAUGAAGAAGGAGCAUAUCAAUCAUGUGAUCCUUGAAAAUCUGAUUGCUAAAAAGGAUUCUCUAACUGAAUCCGAAAAAGCUCUCAAGGACAAGCUAAUUGAUGACAUGAUGUCAUCAGGUUGA